AUGCCUGUGACGCUACAAUUCGAGGCGUCGCCUGUCGUCGGUCGCAGUCGAGAAAAAUCAGCUGCUAGCACCGACGAUCUGCUUCUGCCCUGCGACCGCGGCCGCCGCGUGCUGUCCAGCUCCGUCUCCGACGUGGGCGCGGACACGCUUUCCUCUCUUAAAAACGGAUUCGUCUGCACGGUGCUCCACGCUUGGCAGCAAGACCUGCAUCUGGAGCUCCGGCCGGACGACGUGUGGCUCGCCGUGCUGACCCAGUUCGGCUUUUACGUCCGCGGCGGCGACGAAAACCGCGCCGAGGCUCUUCGGGAUCGUUUUGUCGCACACAGCGACCGCCGCCAGCUCGAGAUUAACCACCCGCUCGGCCGCAUGUCAGACAUGAACCUGCCGGUCCUAGUGAGGCAGUUUGUUGGACUAGUCCGCGAGCAACUGGUGGACCCGACACUGGUCGACUGGCUGCUGCCGGUGUUCAGCACGACGCAGCCCGACGAUGAGGUGGCCGCGGCCGCGGUAUUCCUCGGCACUGUCCAUGAGUACUUUGGAUACAAUGUGCAACUCGGCUGCGGGUUUCCCUCAGUCACUCUCCAUGGUGAGCGCAAAGAUUGGGUGGAUCUGUCUAGCCGCAUCUCCCGCCUGGCAGACUUUGACAUGGCAUCGUGUACCAACAAGGAUGAUGCGAGGGCCGUCACGAGUCAGCCCCAAGACUCGUCCGCCAAAGAAUGGUCGCAGGCUCUCGCAGUCGUGGCCGACUUCAUGGUCGCUAGCUUCGACAGGCCCAUGGCCGCCGACGUUGAGCACUUUUGGCAACGUGCAUGCCACUCGACGGCUGCCCAGGCUUCUGGCGACUUUGAAAAAAUGUCUGGAUGGUUGACGGCGUUUUGCUGGUGGCGCAGCGACGGCGCACGACUAGAGGCGUGGAGCGAUAGUGAGUCCACCCGGCGCCUGUGGCUCAAGCUGGGCGACGUUGAGUUUCCAGUUAUUGACCAGUCCCGUAUACCACCUGCGGUCAUGAGUACGGAUAUCAACUUCAUCCUCGACGACUGCCAGCGCGUGGCUGCGACCCUCGUUGGAGGCUCGUGGGGCACCAAAUGGCUAGACAAAUGUGGCUCCAGAGUGCGGCCGUUUCCGGGCUGGUGGCUGGUCACGGGCGAGUCCUCAUCGCAGAGAGCAUGGCGAGAAAGGGAAAAAACGCCACCGGAAGAGCUCUCAUACCCUCUCUUCCCGAAACACCGGGGUACAAAGGCGCGGUUGCUCGCAAAAGAAAAAGAGGCGCCGUUGGCCACAAACAGGGCUGCAUUUGCCGCUAUUGCCAAGGCUCGUAGAGAAAGAACCAGAGCGCUUAAUGCACGACCGCCCGUGCCGCCUCGUCUUCAUGGAGCUGUAGCCGAAAAUCAAGCUCUUCAAGAUGGCAAGGAUAUUGAGCAUCCUGUCUAA